UGCGGAAGUGAAUGCCUACAGUCCACAUCCACUGCUUGGAGGGUUCAAUGUUCCUACCACUUGGUUUAGUUUAGUGUGCAGUCACAUCAGUGUUUUGGCAAAUUGCAUCUCAAGUUCCAGCUUCUGUAUUGUGCCGUUAUGUCUGUGCCUUUGACUUUCGAUGGAAAAGUCGUGCUGGUGACAGGUGCCGGAGGAGGUCUUGGCAGAGAAUAUGCAUUGGCAUUUGGACAGAGAGGAGCUUCAGUUGUGGUGAAUGAUCUUGGAGGAAACGCAAAGGGUGAAGGGAAGAAUUCUGCCGCAGCUGAUAAGGUGGUGGAGGAGAUCAAAGCCAAGGGAGGCAAGGCUGUGGCCAACUAUGAUUCGGUCGAAGAUGGAGAAAAACUGAUCCAGUCUGCCUUAGAUGCAUUUGGAAGAAUAGAUAUUGUUAUAAACAAUGCUGGGAUUCUACGGGACCGAUCGUUUAGCAGAUUGAGCGAGUUGGAUUGGGACCUUAUCCAAAGAGUUCACCUCAAGGGUUCCUUCAACGUGACCCGGGCAGCAUGGAACCACAUGAAGGAGCAGAAGUUUGGAAGAAUCAUCAUGACGGCUUCGGCAGCAGGGCUUUAUGGCAACUUUGGCCAGGCCAACUACAGCGCUGCCAAGCUGGGUCUGCUGGGACUGUCCAACACCUUGGCCAUCGAGGGGCGGAAGCUCAACAUCCACUGCAACACCAUCGCGCCCAUCGCAAACUCGCGACUGACUCAGAACAUCAUGCCAGCGGAUAUUCUGGAAAACCUCAAGCCGGAGUAUGUGUCUCCCCUCGUUCUCUGGUUGUGUCAUGAGCAGUGUGAGGAAACCGGCGCAUUGUUUGAGGUUGGUGCAGGUUGGAUUGGGAAAUUACGGUGGGAGCGCUCCCCGGGACACGUCCUGCUGCGGAAAAACCAUCCGAUGUCUCCUGAAGCCGUGAGGGAUCAGUGGGACAACAUCUGUGACUUCAAGGACGCCUCCCACCCUGCUACAGUAAACGAGUCUCUGAUGAGUAUGCUGAGCAUGCUUAACAAGGAGCCGGCCGGGGACGGACUGGUGGCAAAUCCUACAUCAUCGUUGGGUCACAAUCCUGCCCAGGCUGUGGGUUAUAAAUUUCCAGACCAUACCUUCAGCUACACCGAGAUGCAGUGUAUACUCUACAGCCUGGGAGUAGGCAUGUCCACCAAGGACCCUGAUCACCUCAGAUUCCUCUAUGAAGGCCACGAGAACUUCGCCUGCCUGCCAACUUACGGGGUCAUCAUCUCACAGGCUGCCGUGAUGGACUCAGGCCUGACCAAUAUUCCAGGAUUAGAAAUAAAUCCAACACAGAUUUUGCAUGGAGAGCAUUAUCUGAAGUGCUAUCAGCCUCUACCAACCUCAGGCACCCUGAUCUCCAAGGCCACCAUUCUAGACAUUUUGGACAAAGGGUCUGGGGCUGUCAUCAUUAUAAAUGUGAGCACCUACCAAGGCCAACGCCUCGUGUGCAGCAACCAGUGGUCGGUGUUUGUGGUCGGGGCCGGAGGCUUCGGGGGCAAGAAAAGCUCUCCUCACGCGGAGACCACCGCUCCUCCUCCGAGCCGCGCCCCGGAUGCUGUGGUGGUUGAGUCCACCACAAAGGAGCAGGCGGCCCUGUACCGUCUGAGUGGGGACCGGAACCCUCUUCACAUUGACCCCAGCUUCUCCGCCAUGGGAGGCUUCAAGGAUCCCAUCCUGCACGGCUUAUGCUCCUUCGGCUUCGCUUCACGUCACAUUCUCAAGCAGUACGCCAACAAUGACCCCGCCCGCUUCUGUGCCAUAAAGGUUCGCUUCGUUAAGCCCGUGCUGCCCGGACAGUCUCUCCAGACAGAGAUGUGGAAGGAGGGGAACAGAGUUCACUUUCAGUGCAAGGUCAAGGAGACGGGCAGUCUGACUCUCUCCGGCGGGUACGUGGAUCUGUACGAAGAUCAGACGUCCGAUCCCAAGGCCCUCCAGCCCGCGGCGGACCUCCAGAGCAGGUUGGUGUUUGCGGAGAUCGGGCGCCGCAUCCAGGCCUCGGGUGCGGGGUUGGUGGAGCAGGUGAAGGGCGUGUUUGGCUGGGAGAUCACCCAGGACGGCAAGACCAUCGCCCAGUGGACUAUAGAUCUGAAGAACGGGGCCGGGGCUUUGCAUGAGGGCCCCUACAGCGGGAAGGCAGACGUGUCCAUCGCCGUGUCUGAUGCAGACUUCAUGGCGCUGGUCCAGGGGAAGGUCAACCCCCAGCAGGCAUUCAUGGCUGGAAAGCUGAAGAUCAAGGGAAACAUCAUGCUAGGUCAGAAGCUGGACAUCAUCCUGAAGGACGUUGCCAAGCUGUGAGCUCCUCGGACACCCAGGAGUCGACUAAUGGUGAACAUUUCCAUCAAUAAUGCACAUUGCCUUCCUCCUCAAAGUCUGUUUUCGCUUACAUUUGGACUGCCCUGCCAAGGAAGGAUUAUAUAAUUUAAUAUAUAUUAAUCGGGUAACAUGAAUGCAUGAAAUGGGUAAAUAUUACAGAAAUAAUUACUAAUGAAGUCCAACCAGAAGUAGAUUUUUGUGAGAUAGAAUCCAUAUCUUUUUAGAUCUUAAGGCUAGAUGGUAGGGGGGUUACAAACUCUUCUCAUGUCUGUCUCCUCUUAGCUUUCAAGGCUUUUUUUGUUGAACGGAUUUAAAUCACAGCAGAUGUACAUGCAAACGGUCCGCCAAUUGUUCUUAACUGGCAGGUCUUGAACAGGGUGACAGAUGGUCGAUUUUCUGUUGAUGUUGAGAUGAAUACUCCUUCCCUCUGCACUCCAGUCAAGUGAUAAAACAUAACAAGUGACACAUGGAUCCUUCAACUUGCUGUUGGUAAUCAUGUUAAUUAUGUGUGUGCUAAGGCUAUCGUUUUUUAACUUUACUCACUUUCUUUGUUGUUUGCCUUUAGUUACACAAAACAAUAACUUUAGUUUAGAAUAACGUCUAAAGAUUCAUGCACUAGAUUCAUGUCGUUAAACAUCCAACAUAUGAAUACAAAGCGGUGAAGACAUGCUAUACAAUGAUUUGGGUAAUGUUUAGAGUGGAAUACCCAUGAUGUGAUUUGUGUAAUAUCCUGCAGAAGAAUGGGAACAGUCCUUUUGUGAUAACCGAAAACAUUUCUUUCUUGUAAUAAUGAAUAAAGUAAUAAUAUAAAGGUU